AUGCAAUCUGAAACAAUAACUAAUCGUACUUCAACUGACAAUACAAGUCGAUGUUUAUUAAAGCCAUUUGAUUGUGAUUUUGGUGAUUUAUAUUCAUUUCAAGAUCAAGAACAACUAUAUCAAAAAUCUAAUCUAAAACCAUUGAAAUGUAGUUUUGCUAUUCCAUCUAUUUUUGAUAAAGUUAGAAAUCGAUAUGGUCGAAAUCAUACAUGUGAAAUUAUAAUAUUCACAUGUAUUACAAAUUGCUAUGAUCCUCUACCUCAAGUACAUGGUGAUAUUCUAUCUUCAUUUUGUUUAGUUGCUUUGCUUGAUACAAAAACAAUUACUGCUUAUAAAAAAAUUUAUUCAAUAAAUUCUAAUUUUCGAUGGGAUUUAGUUGAUUUAGGUGCUGAUGCUACACCCUUUAGUGUUGCUGCAAAAUCAACAGAAACAUUAAAGAUUGUUGGACAACGAAUGUUUCCACUAGCAAAAUGGAUUAUUUGGCUUGAUGGUAAAGGACAAAUUAAUCGUAUUAGUGAACUAUUGAAAGAAGUAAGAGCUCCAGUGAUUGGUGUCCCUCAUUCAGAUGCAGAAAGAACUUCCGAGUCUGAAGUGAAUCCUACCAUUGAUCGUAUAUAUGUAAGAGAAAAAUCAUUAUCUCAAAGAUUAAAUAAUUCAAUAAUGGACAUUAAACUUCAAGAAAAAGAAUAUCAACGUGAUGGAUUUUAUUCUCGUUCAAAUGCACUUAAAUUAAAAAUGUAUGAUAUUGUAAUAUUUUUAUACAGAAAUAAUCAUCCAUGUAUUUUUCGUUACUUGUGUGGAUGGCAUAAUGAAGUGAAUUAUUUUUCAUAUAGAGGACAAUUAUCAGUUUAUUAUUCAGCUGUUCGAAUGAAUUUAACUGAUUAUUUACAUUUUUUACCAUGA